AUGGACUUCAGUUUGGAUGAUCCUUUAGCUGACUUAGUUAGUGAUAAUUCUAACGACAGCUUCUUCGAGACAUCUAAAAAACCUCCACAAACAGGUUUAAAAGCCAAGGAUGGCACCAAACAACAAAGUACAGAAAAUCAAAGAGGCUUUACGUCUGCUAAAACAAUGGAAGAUUUAUUUGGAAUUCAAUCUUCCAUACACUCAACAAAACCUCAAGGGGAAAUACUCAAAUCUACUCCACCUUCAUCUCUUAGUAUUAAAAAACCGAUAAUUUCCAGAACUGAACCAAGUAAAUCGGGUGAUAUCUUUGUUGAAGGUGAUAUAAUAGCUGAUUUAGGUUUUGACCCAAAGAAGCCUAAAGGUAGUAAAUCAAGUAUUCUUGACGAUUUACUUACUUCAAUCGAUACGUCGAAAAUUACACAACCUGCCCUAAAAUAUUCUAGACCUUUGACGGCAGCAGGUGUAAAUGCCCCGAAAAAUAUAUCAAGACAAUCAACAGAAACUGAUAACUCCGGUCCUGGUACUUCUCAAGGAACUUCUUUACCAACUACUAGACCAAAAACAUCUGUGGGACGCCGACAAUCUGUUAAUUCUGGAAAUGACCCAUUAGGAUUGUUUACAACUCCUCCAGCAGGGUCAGUCAAAGAUCAAUCUUUUGAAUCUAAAGUAGAUUCUAAUAAGGAAAUUUCAUUUAAAAGCAAAGUGAAAAGUUUAAAUCCAGAUUGGCUAGGUCUUGACCUGCAAUCUUCAAUAAAAAAACCGGAAUCAAAAAUAUCAACUUCAGAGCCACAAAUAUUACAAGUCAAUCAAACCGAAUUACCUAAAGCAAUAUCUUCCGUAUCAUAUUCUCAGCAAGAGUUUUCCCAAAUAAAUGCGAAUCCGACCUACAAUAAUCAAAACACAAUUGCAAUAGUGGCUGCAAAUAUGGAAACUCAAAACGCUAUUCAAACUCUUAAUCAACAAGAAUCACAAAUUUUAAUGGCAGCACAGUUAAAAAACCAAGAGAGAGCACUUCUUGAAAUGCAGAAGAAACAACAAGAACUACUAAAUCAACAAGAGCUUAAAUUCAAUGAAUUAUUGAAAAAUCAAAUAUCUAGGCAAAAUAAUUUAGAAACAACUAUAAAAGCGCAACAAGAACGUAUUAAUGCUCACAUUCAAAUGCUAAUGACGCAGCCUCCCCUUCUUUCAGAUACUGCAGAAAUGAAAAUAUUUCAAAAUAAUGAGAAUAAGAAAACUGAUUUAAUAGCAGAAAAUGAAAAUCACGAAAAUCAAAUUCAAUUUGAACAUGAUGUGAAGCGUUUGGAACUAGAAAAGCUUAGACUUGAAGACUUAAUAUCAAAUAUAAACAUAAAUCACGAAAAAGAGCUUGAACUCAUAGAGAAUUCCCAUAAGAAACAGAUUCAGCUAUUAGAAGACAAUUUAGAGAUUGUUGAGAAACGUUUACAAACGGAAAUUAUUUCUUUACAAGAAUUUUAUUCCAAGAAAUUAAACGAUAUUGAGGUAGAAAAACAGAAAUUAGUCAAUGAAUAUGAGGAAAAACUUAGGAACUUAAAAGAAAAUUAUGAAAAAAAUAUCGCAGACUUAAAAUUAGAUUAUGAGAACUCGAUUGAAAAUCUUAAAUCUGAUCAUAAAUCUACUAUUGAAGCUAUACGUGAGUCUAAAUUAAUGGAAUUUGCAGUAGUUCAGGACAACGCAUCAUAUUUGCAAAUUCUUAGAAAUGCGUCGACUAAUUUAGAAAACGUUUCAGGAAAUUUACAAAAUCUAAGAGAUGAAAUGUAUAACAAAAUAGACUUAGAAUACAAAGAAAAAGAAGACAAACUAAUGCAAAAAGAAAAAAAAUUAAAUGACUUAGAACGACGUUUAAAGAUUACACAAGAGUCAUCUGACAAAGAAAAAUCUCGCUUAAUAGAACUAGUAACUACGCUCGAAAUUCAGCUUCAAAAACUAUCACAAGAUUCUGCUGACGAGAAAUGGAACAUAAAGCAAAAAUUAUCGGCAUUAGAAAUAGAACGUGAAGCAUUUGAGCGCGAAAAACUCUAUAUUAGGGAACAGCUAACCCGAUCUGAAAAAAAACUGGAAGAUUUAAAAGAAUAUCAAGUUGAGGAAUAUCGUAAACUAUUGGAAAAAGUGCAAGAUGAAAAAAAAUUGUUGGCAAUUGAAAAAACUAAGUUUGAAACUGCUAAAAAACUGGAUGAAGAUUGUGGCUUAAAUCGAUCUAGAGCAGAAAUAGAUAUAGCAAUCAAAGUGGCAAAAGAAGCUACCAAACAAGCGGAUGUGGAGCGUGAGCGUUUCCUAAAGUCACAAAGAGAAUUGGAAAUUCGUAAGAGGGAUUUAAUUGAUCAAGAAAAUGAACUUCGCUCAAAAGGAGAGGAGUUGGAAUCUGAAAUUCUAAAAACAAAAUCUAAGGAACGAAAGGUUCGCGAAGCAUUGCAACGCCAAAAAUACAUUGAGCAAAGCUUAACUGCAAAAGUACAAUUUUUGCAAAACCAAACCAGAGUUCUUUCCGAGCGUGAAACACAAUUGUCUCAGGAGAGAUUAUUGCUAUCAAAAGAGCGAAUAGAUCUUCAAGAACUUAAGAAAAAAGUUGAACUAAGUAAAUGUAGUCUUUGCAAAAUCGGAGAAAGAAGUAUUGAAAUUUCAAAUAUUAUAACAGGAAAUGAUAUUUUACCUGAUGCAGAAAAUUAUUUAACUGAACUUAAUUUCGCUUACAAUAAUAACUUUACUCACAAUAUUGACCAACUCUUUGAUAAGGAUGUGGCAGAGUCUUUAAUAAAAAUGGAACAUAUAAAUAAAAAAUUCAACAAUGAGUUAAACAACGACGACGAUAAUGUGCUUAACCAGAAUUUAAACACUCAAAAUUUCGACCUUGCUCAACCACAAGGGUUUCUAGAUCCUGAGUUCUCUGCUAUUGACUUAAAUUCUAGAUUAUCCAAAAUUGAUGAAUUUUAA